AAUUGACCGCGACCCAGACUCAACGCACCGAAUUUCCAAAUUCUGUCUGUGAUUCCUACACACAUCGACUCAAAGAUUUUGCAAUCGAUCUCCUGCCGACCUCUCCUUCCCCUCUGCUAACGUCGACGAAUAUUACAACGUCCAUCAUGGCGGGCAAUUUCGAUUCGUGGGAAGAUGCAGCGGCGCAAGAUGAAGACCUUUCAAGACAGACACAAAACAUGAACAUGAACGCAAACUCAUUCAGGCCUGGAGCCGGUGCUUUUCAGCCUGGAGCCGGUGCUUUUCAGCCUGGAGCCGCUUCGUUUCAGCCUGGCGCUACCACGUUCCAACCUGGUCAGCCAUAUCAACAGAACGGCUACCAAAACUACGGCUAUGGCCAACAGCAAGGCUACAAUCAAUACCCUCAAUAUAGCCAAGGUUUUAAUCAGUACCAACAACCUCAGCAGCCUCAGCAGCCUCAGCAACAACAGCAAGGAUACAACCAAGGAUAUAGCGGUCAAUUUGCUGCUUACAAUCAGUCACCUGGGGCUUUCCAACCACGACAAGGCGCUCCCAUAAGCAUUGCCAAAAGAUCAGACCCUCAGCCUGCAGCUGCACAAACACCGGCACCUCAGGGUCAGCCGACCCCAGCCCCAGCCGCUGAGAAGGCACCAGCCCCCGCACCAAAGCCGGCGGCGGCGGCACCUCCCAAAGCGAAAGUCCUGUCAAUUGGUGUCCCUACCUCUACAUCUGCGUCUCCGAAGAAACCCGCCUCACCUACAACCAAAGAUGCGCCUGCCAAAGUGGAAGCGAAAUCCGACACAAAACCAGAAGCUGGAUCAAAAGUGACAGCAGCCAAAGCCGUCGAGAAAACCGGCGAAAAGGUGUCGGGCAAGACCUCACCAGCACCAUCCUCAGGCAAAUCCUCCCCAACACCGGCCGAUGCUAAGAAGACACGGACCGCAGAGGAAAUUGCUGCAGAACAAACAGCAGAUGUCGACGCAUCAGUGUUGGAGGAAAUGUACGGAAAAGAGCAUGUCAACAUCAUUUUCAUUGGCCACGUCGAUGCUGGAAAAUCAACUCUGGGCGGCCAAGUCCUCAUUCAGACAGGCAUGGUUGACGAGCGAACACUAGACAAGUACAAGAGAGACGCCAAAGACGCUGGUCGUGAAACAUGGUACAUCUCCUGGGUGCUGGACUUGAACAAGGAAGAACGAGCCAAGGGCAAGACCGUCGAAGUUGGCCGAGGCUUCUUCGAGACCGACAAACGACGAUACACCAUUCUCGACGCACCAGGCCACAAAACUUACGUACCAAAUAUGUUGAGCGGUGCCGCCCAAGCCGAUGUCGCCAUUCUGGUCAUCUCAGCGCGAAAAGGCGAAUUUGAAACCGGCUUUGAAAAGGGUGGUCAAACACAAGAACACGCCAUGCUGAUUAAGACUACGGGCGCCAAAGAACUGGUCGUGGUAGUCAACAAGAUGGAUGACAUCACCGUAGAAUGGUCCAAGGAACGCUACGACGAGAUCGUGGGCAAACUGAAGCCCUAUCUCAAGAAGCGAAUAGGUCUGGACUCGACUUUUAUGCCAAUCUCGGCCCAGACUGGUCUCGGCGUCAAAGACAGGAUUCCCAAGGACGUGGCGUCAUGGUACGACGGCCCCUCCCUGCUCGAAUUUCUAGACGGCAUGGCCAAGAUCCAGCGCAACCUCAACGCGCCGUUCAUGAUGCCUGUCGGCGCCAAAUACCGAGACAUGGGCACCAUGGUCGAAGGCCGUAUCGAAGCCGGCGUUGUCCAGAAGACAGCCUCGUACGUCAUGAUGCCGAACAAGGAAGAAGUCGGAAUCGCUGCGUUGUACGGUGAGACCGAAGAAGAAAUCCCUUACGCGGUCUGCGGCGACCAAGUCCGUAUGCGUCUUCGCGGUAUUGAAGAGGAAGACAUUUUGCCAGGUUUCGUCCUGUGCUCUCCGAAGCGGCUGGUUCACUGUGUGAAAGAGUUCGAGGCGCAGAUCAACAUCGUCGAACUUAAGUCGAUCUUGUCGGCCGGUUUCAAUUGUGUGGUGCACGUCCACGCUGCCACGGAAGAAGUCACGUUUGCGGCGCUGUUGCACAAACUUGAGCCCAGGACAGGACGGAAGAGCAAGAAGCCUCCGCCAUUUGCGGCCAAGGGACAGAACAUUAUCGCACGACUACAGGUUACCAGUGGGGCUGGCAGGAUCUGCGUUGAGCGAUUCGAGGACUAUCCACAAUUAGGUCGCUUCACGCUGCGUGACCAGGGUCAGACUAUUGCUGUGGGCAAGAUUACGAAGUUGAUCUUGGAUGAGGAUUAAGUGCGGGAGGAACCUCGCUCUACCUCUCCAAGUCCAGCUCCCCGGGCCGGAUCUUGUUCCUGGUUGGCAGUCGCAUAACACCCAGAAGCGAAGCAGACAAAGCAUAAUGAUUGAAAUGACCAAAACGAAAUGGCAUCGCCAAAGGGUGAAAGAUGGUCUUACUCUUGAACAGGUAGAACCGCAGCAUCAACGGGGCAAAUGACACUUUGGAUGGGAGCAUAGAUUGUUGGCGUGGGACCCGCACUUCACGAAAGCAUAGAGCUUUACAAUACAGCCGAACCGUAGCUCUAAAUUAACAAGCAAGAAGAAGACAAGAAAUAAAACGCCAGAGUAUAUGCAGAAGAAGCUCACCACAAUUUCUCUUGUCGGGGAGCGGCAAUCCAGUCCCAAGUUUUCGAGCCCAC